CACCUUUGUUCGCCACAAGAGCCAUGCAAAUUUUUGUCAAGACCCUCACCGGCAAGACCAUCACCCUCGAGGUGGAGUCGUCCGACACCAUCGACAACGUCAAGGCCAAGAUCCAGGACAAGGAGGGCAUCCCCCCUGACCAGCAGCGCCUGAUCUUCGCGGGCAAGCAGCUCGAGGACGGCCGCACUCUCGCGGACUACAACAUCCAGAAGGAGUCCACCCUCCACCUCGUGCUCCGUCUCCGCGGCGGCCACUGCCAGGUCCCCUGCGGCAUCUUCGACGACCCCGCCAUGGUCGCCGAGGUCAAGGAGGCGUGCGCCACCAUCCGCAAGGCAAUGGUUCAGAUCAAUGAGCUCCACGCCGCGGGGAGCAGCGCGCAGAACUUCAACCAGAUGACGCGCUGGGUCAUGACAAAGGAGGAGCACUGCGGGAAGAUCAUCAAGAUCAUGAGCGAGUACGCGCUGUGCCAGAGGGUCAAGCCCGAGGUCUUCUCCAAACCCGAGGACUACGUCGACGCCCUCAAGGCCCACCACGCGGUGAUGCAGUCCGCCAUGAAGGCGAAGCAGAAUGUGGACGUGGCCGUCGCCGACGCGCUGGAGCACGCCGUGGGAGACAUGUCCAAGAUGUACCUCAAGGAAUGACUUGCCGCUCCGAUGACAGCGUCCAAACUGUGACGCCCAGCCGUUCGCGUCGGGCGUACUUUCCAUAGACACUUGUAAUAAGCAGCUGCUAACCCACUGA